CGGACAUCCAUAAAAUAUACGAGUACUUGGUGGUAUGUUAAUACACAUCCGAAAACACUUUUCGAACUUAGUCCCUCGUCUAGCUCUCCGGCUGGGAUCUCACUCUUCACACCAGAAACAUUGCUAUGCACUCCUUUGGGCAGGUAAAGUUCAACAUGCCGUCUUUGCAAAUCGCAGCAAGGCAAAAGGCUGCGGAUGGAAACACUUUGCGGUGUGCAGGAUAUGCGAUGGUGCUCAUCAUAACCCUGCAGACGAUGCACACAGCGUGGACAAUUGGUCCGCUUACAAAUCCCUGUCGAAGGAUUCACUUCCUGCACAAACUGGACUGAAUUAUUCGGAUUCUCACUCACGAGCAUUGCGAGUGAUUGCUCGCUUUGAACAACCUUUCAGUGCGCUUUUGCUAGCGCGGCAGCGCGAUGGAGAAUUCAAGAGGAUCACGUUAAAUUAUGAUAUUAUUACCCGGCUUAAAGACAUUGCUUCUAUUAGGGAUAUCAGGACAUUAGAAGGACUUCAGUACUGUUGAGCGGAUUUUGUUUGUGCCCUGACGAUAACUUGCAUGGAGUAUCAUAUAUACCUGCACAAGCUCUAAUUUGAAAGCAGACGUGGGAGACCCACCGUGUCAUUUGUCUACUUGAGAUUAAAAUCAAAAGGUAAAAGAUCAGCUGAUCUCAACAAAGUUAUUAACUAUGAAGCUUUGAAGGCGCAUCGGGAAUGGAAAUAUGAACGAACAUC